UCUUCCCCUUCGGUGCGUCUCGGUCCGCCCGCAGCAGUCUCCUUUCCGGUGAGGUUUCACUACAGAGAUGGCUGCGAAAGUGUGCAGAUCAGUACUCCUGUUGUCCCGGAGCAGCGGAGCGGUGGCCGGCAGCCUCCCCGCACUUGUUGUCUCUUCGCAGCGACAUCAUCAGCACAUAGGACCGGAGGUACUGUCUGCUCCUUUCACCCGUCAGACUGUCAGGAGAGCACAUGGCCUCCGGCCUGCAGCCCACUCCACACUCUUCACCCAGCCUCCCACUGCCUUGUCUCCACAGGUUUGGAGGGGCGCCCCCUCAUGGCAUGGCCAGAGACUGUUGUGUUCCUCCACUGCUCCAGAGGAGGUGACAGUGGUGUAUCAGAACGGACUGCCGGUGAUCUCAGUCAGUUUGCCGUCCAGGCGAGAGCGCUGUCAGUUCACCCUCAAGCCUCUCAGUGACUGUGUGGGAGUUUUCCUGCAACAGCUCCAGGCGGAGGACAGAGGCAUCGACCGGGUAGCCAUAUACUCCACUGAUGGAGCGAGGGUCGCCUCAUCCACAGGCAUUGACAUCCUGCUGCUGGAUGAUUUCAAGCUCGUCAUCAAUGACGCCACACACCUCGUGCGGCCACCAAGGAGAGAGCUGCUGCCCCACGAAGAGGCAGAAAGGCUGAAUGACGUCAAGUUUCUGGUGCAGCAGCUCUACACCACCCUGCGUAUAGAGGAACACCAACUCUGCAAGGAACGGGAGCUGAUUGGACGACUGGAGGACCUUAACUCUCAAAUCCGCCCCUUAGAGAAGGUGAAGGAGGAACUGAAUAGGAAGGCAGAGCGGCGUACCACCUGGGUGCUGUGGGGAGGCAUGGCGUACAUGGCCACCCAGUUUGGCAUCUUGGCCAGGCUCACCUGGUGGGAGUACUCCUGGGAUAUCAUGGAGCCCGUCACCUACUUUAUCACUUAUGGCACGGCCAUGGCCAUGUACGCCUACUUUGUUCUUACACGCCAGGAGUAUGUUUACCCCGACGCUAGAGACAGACAGUAUCUGCUGUUCUUCCACAAGGGGUCGAAAAGGACACGCUUCGACAUUGAGAAGUACAACAAGCUGAAGGAUGAUAUCGCUGAGGUGGAGUUGGAUCUGAAGCGUCUUCGGGACCCGCUCCAGCUCCAGCUCCCAGUUCAGCAGCUCACCGCCAGUAAAAAUUGAUGGGAAGAAUGACUCCCUCCUCUCUCAACUCCUGCAACCCCCUUUUCCCUCUUCCAUUCAACACCCUUUUCCCUCCCCUUUUUACCCCCAACUCUUUCCUAAGACUCCUCCCUCCCCCAUUCCUCCCACACCCAAUAAUCCCAUCCCUUUCUCGACUGUGGGAGUUAGUUUUUCCUCCUUUUUUUUUUUUUUUUUUUUUUUCUUUUUCUUUCUUUUUACUUUCCUGACUGAAAACUACAGUUGGAAUUGCAAUUGAAAAGCGCUAAAAGACGAAAAAAGGAUGGCGAGAGUACCGCGAACUGAAAAACUCUCACAGCCGAAGGAUGGUGAGGAUGAUGAAAAGGACAAUGAUGAUGAAGGAAUUAAACAUGGCUACUAUGGAUAUGCCUCAAGUCUUCGGAGGGACAGCCUGCAGGGAACUUCAGGGGGCAAACAGGAUUUAUCAUACCUCUAGACACUUCAGAACAGAGGACAUGCAGAGGGGGCAGUCACUGUUGAGUAUGUGUGUGCGUGUGUUUGUGUGUGUUUGUGUGUGUGUGUGUGUGUGUGUGUGUGUGUGUGUGUGUGUGUGUGUGUGUGUAUGGGACUUUCAGGGUAUACUGGGACACCGACCCUGGCCACUCUGCAGGUCGACACAGCAGUGUAGUCCUGCUUCCUCUAGCAGUCAAACUGUCAACACACACACACACACACACACACACACACACACACACACACACACACACACACACACACCUACUCUUGGUUGGGACAGGCUCCAGAGAGAGUCUCAAUCCCAAAGUUUACAAGAAAGUCCUGACUGCAGUCGCACCAUCAGGAGGACCGUCCUCUUGCUGUGGCCGGACCCUGCUGCCUCUCCCUCCCUGGGCCACGCCUUCACCAGGUGACGGACAGCUGUCGCUCCCAGUGUGACCUUUGUCAGGAGCCUGUCUCGACUCGCAGGAUAGAGGCACGACGACGCCUCGCUUCCUCUUCCUGUUGACGUCCUGUAGCGGCCCCGGUCUGCGCAAGUAUGAGAGUACUACCGACAACAACAUCACUGUGUGUUCUUUUAUUCCGAAAAAAAUAUUUUGGCACUUUUUAUUUUGAAAGCCAUAGUAUAUUUGUUAUGAAAAGAAUAUAAAUAUAUAUAUGUAUACAAUCAAAUAAACAGAUGACCAGA